GGAGUUAUAUUAUGUAAUUUCAUAUAAAAAUAAACAUAGUGCUGCAGUGAUGACAUUUUAUUCCAUUGGAUUUCUGAAUAUUGCAGAAAAUGAGAUGUCAGAUGUUUGUGAUACUUAACACCACUUUAUGAUUUUUUUAAAAGCGUAAAUAGUCUUCAGAAGUUAAAAGCUAACGUUAGGAUAUAAAGCAGUGGUACUCAACCUUGUCCUAAUCAGGAGCCACAUUGACGAAAAAAUAUUUUUGCAAGAGCCACAAUCCAAAAACGCUCCUUUCCUCCCUGAAAGCAUUAUGCAUUUGAGAAUAUGGAUCAUAGUAAUAUGUUACUAAUGAAUGAAAAGCAUAAUGUACAGUGCAAUAACUGUGAUUUAUUAUUUUCACUGCAACCACAAAACACACAUUGCUGAUCAUCACUGCCCAUAACAACAGAUAACAGACAGCAUGUUUACUGAUCAUCACAGUCCAUAUAACAGCAGAUUAUAGACAGCAGGGGUUGUCAGAAGAGUAAUGUUGUACUUACUUCACACUCAAUGUGAUUUCUGACACUCCUUCUGCCGCACAAGUGAUUUGAAGUCGGGCUCUGUGCUGGAAACGGCGAUCCGAAGGGCCUCUGUUGUGUGCUGCAGACUCAAUCUGUUUCGGUUGCGACAUUUUAUUUUUGAGAGCGCAGAGAAUGCUGCUUCACACCGGUAUGUGGACGGAAACAUUGAGAUGAUGCGUCUUGCCAGUCUGGAGAUAUUUGGUAGAUGCCCCACCAGUUUCCAAAAGUCCACGACAUCUGUAAUCCGAAACUGAAGCUGAAGUUCAUCUGAGCUCUUUAACUCCACAAACUCCAUUUGAAGCUGCACAAGUCCGAGCUGGUCGCUUAUUUGCUUCAUUUCAUUGACCUCAAUCAGGAAUGGGUUUUUCACAAGUAAAAAAAUAUUGCUAUGGUCCUUGAAGUCGUGGAAUCUUGAUGUGUAGUUUUGCUUGAGCUCAGUUAGCACGUCACAGCAUUGUGAUUGACAGGGCAGGAGAGCGUCUGCAUGCAUCGCCAUCACUUUCUGCACGGUGGGGAAGAAACGGUAAUCAGAACCACGGACACUUCGUUCAAGUACAUCCAGUUUGUCAGAGAAUACUCUGACAGCCGUGUAGAGCUCAUACACGGUCUUGUUUCUUCCCUGCAUCUUGAGAUUAAGUUCGUUCAAGUGCUGCGUAAUGUCACACAGGAACGCAACAGACAGCACCCACUCUUCAUCAUCCAAAAAGGAAAAUCGGGAAGUCUCCCCUUGGCCGAAAAUGAAGGAUUUCAGGGGUUCAAGCAGGUCCAUGAAAUGUGCAAGCAUACGUCCUUUAGACAGCCAUCUGAUCUCGGUGUGUAACACCAAAUCUCCAUAGUGAGUGUUAAACUCCUCACACAGCAGUUUAAAAUGUAGGUGGUUUCUUGCACGGGCCCUGAUAUAAUUAACCACUUCGAUUACAUUUGCCAUCACUUCAUUCAGACAUUUGAACUUAGCAAACAAGGCUUGUUGAUGCACAAUACAAUGGUAUGAGAAAAUACCCUCAGCAGCAACCCCGCCGUUUUUCAGCGUUUCUUUCAACAAAGCCACGGCUCCGUUCCUCUUACCAAGCAUCGCCGGUGCGCCAUCUGUUGUGAAUGCUGUGAUUUUUUCUGGUCCAAUGUUCAACUUUUCUAAUGUUUCCAGCACAGCGUUUUUUAUUUCAAUGCCCGUUGUUCCAUUUUCCAGUGAAACCAUGUCAAGCAGUUCUUCUGUAAUGUCAAACUUACUGUUGAUGGCUCGGAUAAAGAUGAGUAAUUGUGGCGUGUCAUUGAUAUCCAAGCUUUCGUCCAUUGCAAGGCUGACAAACUCAGCGGAUGACAGUUUGUCCUUAAGAGUAUGUGCAAUGUUCUCUGAAAUGUUUGAUGCCCUCCUAGCUACAGUAGAAUCCGACAGUUGAUUUUUUUUGCCUCUCGUUCCAGGUCUUUUUUCUCAGGAAACAACGUUGAACAAGCCAGCAGUAUGCAAUCCUUCACCAUUUCUCCAUCAGUAUAUGGCAGGGGUUUUCAACCGGUGGUCCGCGGACCCCUGGUGGUCCGCGGCGGCAUUGCAUGUGGUCCGUGACAAGAGCCUAUGUUGAUCAGUUCACCAUUGUUUUUUUUUAAUAUAAAUUCGCUUUGAUAUUUCAACACAUUUCCAGAAUACCGUUACAUAUCGUGAAAAAUAUGUUUAAAAUAAUAUAAAGGAAAUUCAAGCUGACAGAAUGUAGCCUUGCGCCUAUCCAGUCUAUGGUAGCCUGUGAUUCGCUAAUGGUAAUGAGUUGCGUCGCUAACCUCACUUAUUAUUCAUUACGUACAGUCUUGCGAGCAAAGUUGACACACAUUUAUAAGCAUAGCCGACGAGAGUAUUUUAAGAUAGGUUGUAGUACAGCAAACAUUUGUUACAUAUGUACUAGUCUAGCUAUAUAUCUAGCACCAAUGGAUCGUUUUGUAGUGAGGAAAGUGCCAGAGGGACAGGCUGCCAUGACAGAGGGUCAGGCUGCCACGACAGAGGGACAGGCCGCCACGAUAGGGCAAGGACAGGCUUCCGAAGCGUCAACUUCGCAAAAAAGACGAAAAAGAAAAUACAAUGAGGAAUAUGUUAAAUAUGGAUUCACAGUGACGACAGACAGAGCAGGAGAGGAGGUACCACUGUGUUUCGUAUGUUCAACAAUUCUCUGUAAUGAAGCUAUGAAGCCGUCGAAACUUACGCGGCAUAUGGAGACGCAUCACGUCCACUUGAAGGCCAAACCCGUUGAGUACAUGCAACAGAUGUUGCGUGAUUUCAAAGGACAGCAGGCUACCAUGAGGAAGAGUGCAAAAAUAAAUGAAAACGCACUGAAAGCAUCGUAUCUGGUCGCUCUCAGGGUUGCAAAAAGUAAGAAGCCCCAUACCAUUGCAGAGCAGCUUAUAUUGCCAGCAGCCAUAGAUAUGUGCAGAGCUAUGGUAAGCGAAGAAUGUGCCAACAAAUUAAAAACUAUUCCGUUGUCAGACAACACAAUCGGAAGACGAAUUGGGGAAAUGGCAAAUGAUGUCAAAGACCAGCUGAUGGCAAAACUUCAGACAGUUCUGUUUUCCCUUCAAAUCGACGAGACGACAGAUGUUACUAAUGAUGCGCAACUGUUAACAUUUGUGCGAUACGAGGACAGUGGCACUAUGUGCGAGGAAUUUCUUUUUUGCAAACCACUGCCCGGGCGAACUACCGGUGUAGAAAUAUUUAAAGCACUGGACGAUUUUUUCACGGAGCACAAUAUCUCGUGGCAGAGGUGCGUUGCAUUAUGCAGCGAUGGGGCCCGAGCCAUGAGUGGCAGCAAGACUGGACUGUUUGCGCAUGUAAGGAGGGUGGCUCCGGGGGUAAUUUGGACACACUGCCUGAUUCAUAGAGAGGCUCUCGCCUCCAAAGAUCUCAGUGUUGAGCUCAGUGGUGUGUUUGAUGUCGUUGUCAAGACGGUCAACUUCAUAAAACGAAACGCAUUGAAUACACGCCUGUUUUCAUCCCUAUGCCAUGACUUGGGAAGUGAACACAGCUCUCUCCUUUAUCAUUCAGAGGUGCGUUGGCUGUCUCGCGGCGCUGUGCUCGCCCGUGUGUUUGAACUACGCGGAGCUAUCUACGAGUUCUUGUGCGAGAAGCAUUCUGAUCUGGCUUCCAAUUUCAACGAUAGUUACUGGUUAACUAAGCUGGCGUACCUCACAGAUGUUUUUGCAGAGCUGAACAAGUUGAACAGCUCCAUGCAAGGGAGAGAUGCAAACGUCAUGCAGCUCUACGAGAAGCUCGACGCAUUUGUGAAAAAAAUGUCAAAGUGGAUCGAACGAGUGGAGAGCAAUAACUUGGCGAUGUUUCCUUCAGUUGAGGAAUACCCUGACAGCACUGACAUCAACGACACUAUAUGUGAGCAUUUGAGGAAGCUUGUGCGUCAAUUCGCAAAGUACUUCACUGAUUCGGAAGAGUGGCGCCGUGACAGCAAGUGGAUCCUGCUCCCAUUCAGUGACGAUGCAUCAGUAGGGUCAAGUCUGACGGCUGUGGAAGAGGAUAAGCUGAUUGAGAUGUCCACAGACUCUGUCAGGAGGCAUAUGUACGACACACAGCCCCUUGUUAAAUUCUGGAUAAGUUGCCAGACAGAAUUUCCACAGCUUGCUGCAAAAGCAAUGAGGUGUCUUUUGCCCUUUCCAACCACAUACCUGUGUGAGAGUGGUUUUUCUACACUGGCGUACUUAAAGAAUAAGUACAGGGCUAGGCUUGAUCCAGAGAAUGACAUGAGACUGUCUCUGUCUACCAUUUCGCCACGAAUAGACAGGCUGUGUGGACUUCACCACGCCCAGAUAUCACACUGACAGCAGGUGAUUGGUGACAGGUCUGUCCUGGCUGGGUUAUAAAAGCCCUGACCAGCCAGCAGUUGAGGCUGCCUUGGUCUUCAUUUGUUGGAUUUUGGUUCUCCGGUGUUGUUGGAUUUUUGUUCUCCGUUGUUGUUUUGUCACACACCUAGACUGACUUUGCAUGACAUUUUUAGUUACUUUUCCCAAUACUGAAUUGCACAACACUUUAUUAUUCUUUAUUCUUUCUUUAAAAUAAUCUUUAAUUUAAUUUAAUUUAAUAAAUCUACUUUUAUUAUUAUAAAAUCUGCGUGGCCUCUCUUUCAUGUUUCAUGCAUUGAGCUAUGCAUGUAACACCAAAUACACACGCGCACGCGCAGGCACAUCAGUGGGCCGCGGAUUGCUUUCUAGUCCGAAUGGUGGUCCCUGGGACAAAACCAGUUGAAAACCCCUGGUAUAUGGCUUCAUCUGUUUCAUCAGUUCAUGUGUGAUUUUGUAGGAUGCCUCUGUCGCUCUUUCACUCGUAUUAAUGUGGAAUAAGUUUUUUUGAGCAGUUCGGUUCUGUUUGAGUCUCGCCAGCUUUUCCGCCCGCUCUCCACCUUUCGGAAAGUCGGUGCUGAACUUCGGGUGUUUUGUGUCGUGAUGGCGCUGCAAAUUGGACCUUUUAAAUUGUGAAAUGACGUUGUCACAAAGCAGGCAGAUGCAUUUUCCCGAACCGGUGGAGACGAAGAAAAACUCGAGUUCCCAGUCCUCUUUAAAUGUUCGAUAUUCCUCUUCAUAUUUUCUUUUCCUAUAUUCCUUUGCCAUUUUUGCGUAGUGCUGUAUGCUAGUUUUCCCAGUGUGACGGAGCAUUUAUCUCGCGCACCUGCAAUCAGAGCGGGAAACCUGAAAUCAUUUGUGAUUGGUUGUUCAGAGGGAGGGGGGAGGGGCGGCUUAAUACACGUGACUUGUGAGUGAUAAUGAAAUGUUGAUGAAUUCUGCUGACAAUGUUUUUGUUUUUCGUUUUUUAAAGAUUUUUUGAGAUUUUUAUUUUUUUUAAGUGGGACGUAAAAGAGCCGCAACUAGUCUUAAAGGAGCCGCAUGCGGCUCGCGAGCCGCGGGUUGAGUAUCGCUGAUAUAAAGGAACUACAGCAGUCACAUGACUUCAUGUCAACACUGCUAAGCUAAAGGCGGCUAAUGUUUAUCGUGAUGAAGUUAACAACCGAGGUUUUUAUGACACAUAGAAGCUUCAGACAUUCCCCAGUGCGUACUUACUGAUGUUUUUUAUGUCGUA